GGAGGGGCUUUGGUGGAGGCGGGGCUGUAUGGAGCGUGUUUCUCUGCAGCCGCAGUUCCUCCAACUCCCUGAAAAACCUUCCCUGUCCCAGAGAGGUCGCGCGCUCCGGCUUUGCCAUGCUCCUGCUGCUAGGGCUGUGCCUGGGGUUGCCCCUCUUCUCAAAGUCCCAGGAAGAGGCCCGGAGCUGGGAUGACACCUCGGAGCAAGUCCUGCUCAGGGUCCCCAGGCAACUGAGGCUGUUGCAAAGGCUGAAAACCAAGCCCUUGAUGGCGGAGUUUUCCGUGAAAUCUACCAUCAUUUCCCGCUAUGCCUUCACCACGGUGACCUGCAGAAUGCUCAACAGAGCUUCUGAAGACCAGGAUGCUGAGUUCCAGAUGCAGAUUCCAGAAUCGGCUUUCAUCACCAACUUCACCAUGCUUAUAGGAGACAACGUGUAUCGGAGUGAAAUUACACAGAAAGAAAGGAAAAGCAGAGAUAGCAUAAAAGAAAAAAGGAACAGAACCUCAGACGAUAAUGAGGAGAACGGGAGUGACAUGUUCAAAGCUUCUUUAGUGAUUCCCAGCAAGGACAAAGCUGCUUUCUUCCUCAGUUAUGAAGAGCUUCUGCAGAGGAGGCUGGGGAAAUACGAGCAUAGCAUCAGCGUGCGCCCCCAGCAGUUGGUGGGGAGGCUGACUGUGGAGGUGAACAUCCUGGAGCGGUCGGGGAUCACGUCCUUGGAAGUGCUGCCUCUUCACAACAGCCGGAAGAAGGGUAGUGGGAGAGCGGAAGGUGACAUGGGUCCUCCUCCUUCUACUCUCAUCAACCAAAAUGAAACGUUUGCCAAAGUCGUCUUUAAGCCUACUGUGGUCCAACAAGCUAAGAUUGCCCAGAACGGGAUCUUAGGAGACUUCAUCAUUCGGUAUGAUGUCAAGAGAGAGCAGAACAUUGGUGACAUCCAGGUUCUAAAUGGUUACUUCGUGCACUACUUUGCUCCUAAAAACCUCCCUCCUCUACCCAAGAAUGUGGUCUUCGUGCUUGACAUCAGUGCCUCCAUGGUGGGAGCGAAACUCCAGCAGACCAGAGAGGCCCUCGUCACAAUUCUCAAUGACCUCCGACCCCAGGAUCGAUUCAAUAUCAUUGGGUUCUCCAACCGGAUUAAAAUGUGGAAAGACCACUUGCUACCAGUGACUCCUGACAACAUUAGGAAUGGCAAGAUCUACAUGUACCAUCUGUCACCCACUGGAGGCACAGACAUCAAUGGGGCCCUUCAGACUGCCAUCAAACUGCUCAACAACUACGUGGCCCAGAAUGACAUCGAAGAUCGAAGCGUGUCCCUCAUCAUCUUCCUCACCGAUGGGAAACCCACCUUUGGGGAGACCAACACCCUCAAGAUUCUCAGCAAUACCAAGGAAGCCACCGGAGGUCAGAUCUGCAUCUUCACCAUUGGCAUCGGCAAUGAUGUGGACUUCAAACUGUUAGAGAAACUUUCCCUGGAGAACUGCGGUCUCACAAGGCGCGUUCAGGAGGAGGAGAAGGCAGGAGCGCAGCUCAUCGGGUUCUACGAUGAGAUCCGGACCCCGCUUCUCUCUGACAUCCGCAUAGAUUACCCUCCCGAUGUAGUAGAGCAUGCCACCCAAACCGUGUUCCCCAACUACUUCAACGGCUCUGAGAUCGUGAUUGCAGGGAAGAUCGUAGACAAGAAGUUCGAUCAACUGCACGUGGAGGUCACUGCCAGCAACAGUAAGAAAUUUGUCAUCCUGAAAAGAGACAUCCCUGUGGAGUCCCGGAAGAUGGGGAAUGAUGUCUCAGUCAUGCCUGGCUCCGCCCGUGAUGGUGCGAAGGACAUCAACCACCUCGAGCGUCUUUGGAGCUACCUCACUGUGAAGGAGCUGCUGAGCUCCUGGAGGCAGAGCAACAGUGAGCAAGAGAAAGAGCAGCUGAGGCAGAAGGUCCAGGACUUAGCCUUGAACUACCAUUUCCUCACCCCCUUCACCUCCAUGAAGCUGAAGAAACCAGGCCUCCACAUAAACCAGCUGGAGGAUGCCCAUGGCAUGUCUGCAGCCACAGGACCUGCGACAGUGGUGCAGAACCUGCGAGAGGCUGGCAUGCAGCCAGGACCUGCUCUCAAGAAAUCAUAUGACCCAAGAAUUAAAAUCUCUAAAACAUCAGUGGAUGGCGAUCCUCAUUUUGUAGUGGAUUUCCCUUUAAGCAAACUCACUGUCUGCUUUAACAUUGAUGGAGAGCCCGGGGACAUCCUACGGCUGGUCUCUGAUCACCUGGACUCUGGUGUGACCGUGAAUGGAGAGCUUACUGGGGCCCCUGCACCUCCGAAUGGUCACAAGAAACAGCGAACAUACUUCCGCACCAUCACCAUCCUCAUCAACCGGCCAGAGAGAUCUUACCUUGAGAUCACACCGAACAGGGUCAUCCUGGACGGUGGGGACAGGCUGGUCCUCCCCUGCAACCAGAGCGUGGUGGUAGGGAGCCGAGGACUGGAGGUGUCAGUGUCUGCCAACGCCAAUGUCACCGUCACCAUUCAGAGCAACAUUGCCUUUGUCAUCCUCAUUCACCUCUACAAAAAGCCAGCACCCUUCCAGAGAAACCACCUGGGCUUCUACAUCGCCAACAGCGAAGGCCUUUCCAACAAUUGCCAUGGGCUGUUAGGCCAGUUCCUGAACCAGGAUGCCAAACUCGUAGGAGUUCCUGAGGAAUACGGCAAGAAUCUUAGUAAUCAGCCUUUUCCUCAGGCAGAAGGGAUGCCUGAGGCUAUCCUGAAGGUGAAAGGGCGCAGAGUUCCAGUGGUCUGGAAACAAAGGAAGAUUUACAAUGGGCAAGCACAGGUAGACUGCUGGUUUGACAAAAACAAUGCCGCAAAGCUGAUUGACGGCGUCUAUAAGGACUACCUGGCAUCUCAUCCUUUUGACACAGAGAGUGCGCUGGGCCUGGGCAUGUCCGGGAAAGCUGAAACGGACAGCCCUCAUGAGGAGAGUGUCUAAAAGGGAAGUGACAUUGGGUCUACUCUGGGUGCAACUCUUCUUGUUACAGGUGGCUACCUUGGCUCUUGCUAUGCGCAGUACUGUGUAGCCCGCCCCCUGGCGGAGUGGAGGUCCAAUGUCUCCAAGAGCAAUGAGUCAGAGCAGGAAGCUGAAAUGCAAAUACUAUAUUCUACUUCCCCCGUCCUGCCUUCCUCAUCUAUACUAGAUAAAAAAAAAAAAAGCUAGCACCAAGAGGAGUAAUUAAGUAAAAUCGCCCAGUACCUGGCUUAUCCAUCUUAUUCUACCUUGACGUACCGCUUUCUGAGGAAGCAGGGUUGCCAUGGCAUUUGUUUUCUCUGUAAGGGUGGCCGAGUUUGGCCACUCUGCUUUUUUGCCCUAUGUUUAUGCUUAGGAAGGUCUUUCAGUUGCCUUCUCCAGACGGUGCUCCCAAUCUCUCCUUCCGACGUCAUUUACAUUGAGGCCAGGCCACCAGUUAAGCACACAAAUAAUUUGUACAUUGGAUCUCUAAACAGCUAGAUCUUUUCUUAGCAGAAGAUAUUUUGUUUCCUGCUGUGGAAUCUUGCCCAGUCAAUAUCCCAGAUACUUAUCUUGUCCUGAUUGGCUUUGCAGAUCACUUGGCCUUGCUGGUGGGUGUUUUCCAAUUUAUUCCAAUAAACCAAGUGAUUUUAAUAAAUAGGAAAACUCCCCACGGGUGUCUUUUACUGGCUUGCCUUGGUGCCGAAGAGCCAGCUAGUUGAAAAAUAAACCUUCUACUCAG